AUGCCACCACCAAAUUCAUUAGUCAAUUUACCCACCAAAUACAAGCUGACACAGGAGGCGAUGGUAAGCUGGUCGGUGUCGAAACCUGCUAUCGACAUAGAGGAACCACCGAUAGUGGCACUACAGUCGUUAGAUGAUCCGAACCAUGUGGAUUUGUAUGAUUUUCACCUCCCAACCUCGGAGGAUAUUUGGCAGACCUUUAAGGACCUAAAGGAGGCCUUGGUGCCGCCAUCGGGAGUAGAUUGGCCUCUAUGUUGUAUGAAAAUAGUUCCUCAAGAAAACAAUGCUGCGGAGGGGCUUAUCAACUGGGAAAUAGACAGGAAGUCUAUCAACGAUACCCAGCGUCGUAUUUUUUACGACGGAGAAAUCGUCCUUGAUAAAAUUACUAUUGGUGAGGAAGAAGAUCGCGCCCUAGACGAUUGGAUAAAAUCAGAGGGACUAAACGAACCUUACAGCGAUAUUGAUGAGUUUGAUAUGCUGUUGAGCUUAGCUAGAGACCAGGAGAAAAAUCGGAAAGUUCUGUUUGACCUGUUAAAGCCCAAAAAUCUUCAUAGCACACAGGCAGAGGAUGUUAAAAAAAAGUCUUUAAUGGUGUUUGAAGAAUUACCUUGUAAAAUCGAUGCUGUGGAGCCGCAGUUCAGAAAAACUUUGCCCGAUGAAAUGAUGCUGGAAACUACUCCCGAAGACGACAUUUCAGAGAUAUAUAUUGAAGAGUCAUUUAAGGAAAUGCAACUUAUUGCGCUUAGACCAGAGCGUCCCAUUAUUCUUGACGUCAAAGAUAUUGGAUCAGUCCCCCCGAUGAACCAAGAUGAGGCAGCGAUUCAGGAUUGGCCACAGCAAUGUAGUAGCACCAUUUCCCAGCAACUGCAAUUUCUAAUAAAUGAGGAGAGUGUAAAGCCGACGUCUACGGAAACAGAAGCUAUUGAUUUCGAAAGCGAGAUUGACAAGGAGCAGAUGAUGACACGAAGUUCAGGAAGGUGCAUCAGAAUGUCUCCCCUAGAGAACGGAUGGCAGAAUAGCUUCACAGUUCGCCUUGAGGACUCCGAGGAUAUCAUUGACCACAAUAUGACGGAAUACAGGGACCCGCAAGCCAAACGACUCCGCUCCAAGUGGUACCAGCGAUAUGGCUUCAAGUCCGCGGAGCAAUUGGGCAGGACUUUGGUGCUUCCACCCUUACCAGUUCAUCCAGAGCAGUGCCGCCAGCAGAUCAGGAUCCUAAGACGUCCCACAAAACGUCAAAGCGAGUUUCUGAGCUUACCCGUUGAAAUGAAGUUCUGCAAGGUGUUUUGCACCCUACAAUUGAAUAGAAAUUUGAAUCUUGAUAUGGCUGUAAGGACCCUGGAUAACGCCGUUUAUAAAAAAAACAUAGGUGUGAUCGAAGUGCGGUAUGAGGCUACGCAGAUAGGCUGGAUAUGGGGCAAUGGCACUGUGAUGAUUAUAAACGGGAGUAGUAGCGCAAUGUUGGCCGAAACCCAAAGCGAUAUCGUGGCGAAGACCAUAGGGAAGGUUAAUUUCAAGGCGGACCCCUCCCACAAGCUCUUACACUUACGUCUCUUUUCCGGCGCCAACUAUCCCUGGACCGUUAAUUUACAUGAAUUUAGUGCGGUCUACUCCCUUUCUUCAGAACCAUCCCUUCGUGAGAAGAAGUUCGUCUACUAUGUGAAUGAGGAUAUGCCCGGAGUGUCAGCUAGACUUUAUGAGUCGGGAAUGAUCCAAGUGUUUGCCAUGACCACGGCUGAGGCGGAUGAAAUGCUGAAGAAACUGUACCUGCUUUUGUCCAGUUAUCGAAAGUCCGAAAUUAAAAAUAAGCAUAAAGAAUAUCCAGCCUAAUAAUUACAAUGAAAUAUCUCGAAGAAAAAAAGAACCGAGCACUAAAAUCAAAACGCAGAGACAUCCAAAAAUAAAUGUUCAAUGUUUACGCAGUUAAAAAGUACAAAUAAAAAGUAAAUUUACAAGAAUUCCAUUCUCCAUUUCAAAGUAAUACAAUUUAAAUGAGUUCUUUGCCGUUUCUUAUUUAGACCAAAGUCAAUUUGUCGGGU